CUCGGAUCGUCCUUUGCCAUUGUCUUUUCUCUUUCUUUCCCUCCUUCUCUACUUGUACUUGAUCCAUGGCGUAAAUCUAUCUAUCAAUUUUCCCUAUUCCAACCCUCUCCCCUAAUUAUGCCCUCCGUCGUCGCAACCACCGAUACUCCGCAUCUCCGCGUGUCCGCCGCGAAGAACGACGACGCAAAGGAUGAGCAGCGGUCGGUUCGAAUCCCACCCCCGGAGUCGUCCGUAGUCGAUGAUCAUUUCUUUUGGACAUAUACGGAAGAACCACACCGUUCAAGACGACAAGCAAUCAUCAAGGCCCAUCCAGAGGUAACCAAACUCUGCGGCCCUGAACCUCUGACAAAAUACGUCGUCUUCGGCGUUGUAUCACUCCAGAUAUGCUGUGCAUAUCUACUGCGGGAUACCUCGAUGCUGUCCUGGCGGUUCCUUGCAACUGCAUACUUGAUCGGAGCAACCUCCAACCAGAACCUAUUCCUUGCUAUCCAUGAGAUUUCUCAUAACCUGGCCUUCCGGUCCCCAAUGGGUAAUCGCCUGUUGGCCAUCUUUGCCAAUCUGCCUAUUGGAUUGCCUUAUAGCGCCGCGUUCCGUCCCUACCACCUAACGCAUCAUAAAUCUCUCGGCGUUACAGGCCUCGAUACCGAUCUUCCAACUGCUGUCGAGGCCUUCCUCCUAGACUCCCUCCUAGGCAAGGCCUUCUUCUGCACUUUUCAGAUCCUCUUCUACGCCGUCCGUCCUAUGUUCAUCUAUAGCCCGCCUUUCACCUACAUUCACGCUCUGAACCUCGCCGUCCAACUCUCCUUCGACUACGCGCUCACCAAAUUCUGCGGCGGCUCCCUCCAACCCUUCUUCUAUCUUAUCCUCAGCUCAUUUCUCGCCGGGUCCCUCCAUCCCUGCGCAGGCCAUUUUAUCGCAGAGCACUACUUCUUCUCCAACGUCGACCACGGCACAGAGUCACUCAAAGAACAGAAGACAAAAUCUACCGAAAAGAAACAACCCCACCCCCUAGACAACCUCCCCCCCCCCGAAACCUACUCCUACUAUGGACCUCUCAACAUCCUCACCUACAACGUUGGCCUGCAUAAUGAACAUCACGAUUUCCCCGCCAUUCCCUGGACAAAACUGCAUGAGCUUCAUCGUAUCGCGAGCGAGUUCUACGAGCCGCUGCCUGCUCACCGUUCUUGGGUCUGGGUUAUCUGGACAUUCAUUUUGGACAAGAAUGUUGGCAUGUGGUGUCGGGUUAAGCGAGCUCAGGGGGGACGGAUUGUUGGUGGCGGUGGAGCAGGGAAGUCCGGACGUGGUGGAGAGGGCAUCUCGGCGGAGUCGGCUGGGCCCGAAGAGAGUGAAGACGGAUGGAAGGAGAGUGAGCUUCAAAGUUGAUUUGUAUAUGUACUAUUCUGGCUUUUAUAAGUGAGUUAUGGAAACUGUUGAUAAUGAUAGUCCAGAGAUAAUAUGCGCAUGUCCUGGUCUCAUGUAGAAUAAAUGAUGUAUAACUAUUGAUUAUAAGCAAAUUUGCGGUUUCCUUUACGAUUGCUCAUUACAUUCGUCUGAUAUCGUACAAAUUUGUUCUGAAAACAACAUGGAUGCGAAAGGAAGCAGGGUAUCGAUCAGACCAUCAUGGAAUCGUAUAGGUCGAUUUUAGGAGGCGACACCGACAAGGCUUGGGGGUUCGGUAGUGAAAGCAUAUAGCAAUAGGCAGCGAGUGAUUGCAAGAUUAGGAUUUUUUUUUAUGUUUGUAUCUAUUGCUGAAAAUUCUGUUCUGGGCUUCCAUUUUAGUCAUCAUAAGGAAAUAAAAAAGUUGAAGUGAGGAAUCGGGGAACAAGAAGAAAGUUUGAAAUAAGAAACGAAGAGGAAUGGAACACGAGGAGGUAUGAGCAAAGCAGCCAGCAGCAGCGGUGUAGAAUGCGAGUGCGGAACUAAUAACAUAAGGGGGAGUUGAGGCUAAGAACGGUGCCACGAGGUAAUUCAAAGGGAAUACAGUUGAUCUGUGAACAAAAUAAUAGGAACAUGGGGGAAGAAGUGAAAUUAGAAAGCAAAGGAGGAAAGAAAAGAAAAGAAAAGAAAA